CAAUUGGCUUUCUUUCCUGUCGGAUCCAGUAAGCUUCUCGCAAGCUCGGUUAUUAGAAACCCUAGAAGCAAAAACCCUAGUAGAGAGAGAGAUGGCGCAGAAGGGUAAUAUCUUCAAAGGCCAACAGAAGAAGAAAUCGAUUCCUCCGAAUCGCCAUGGGAAAGCCCCUCACGUUCGCAAAGGAAAGAGGCAAGCAAAGCCUAAAUAUGUCACUAAGGAGAUGAACGCUGAUCGGGAGCUGAGCAAGUUCAUAAACCAAUGCAAUGAGAUGAAAGCAGCAACUGUUGCUAACAAGGAAGGUGGACAAUUAAGUCUUGUUAAACCAGAGUCCCAGUCCUCUAGUGGUGCAAAGAAGUAGCGAACGGCAUUUGCGUAAUAUGAAUGGGCCCAAUGCUAAGAAGGUGGUUUUGAUUUAGAAAUGUGCUGCUUUCUUCCUUUGUUUUACACUUGCAUCUAGGUUGGAUUGUUCUUAAUGUAUGUGCUUGUUAAACUCACCCAAUUCAAGGGCUUUAAAUUUUGAGAGUUGUUUGUCUCUGUCUGUUUUGCUCCAUGGAAUUUGGAAUACAUGUAAUAGGUAGAUGGAGAAGUGAUAAAUGUGCAGUUUUGGUAA